UUUAUCACUAUAUUUAUCUUUCCCUUUGCAUUAACAGGUGUCUCAGCCUGGGGUCAACAACACUGUUACGACAAAGGAUACUGUGUUACUCUGAGUGAGCGAGAACUAACAGCAGAGGCUGGACUCUGUGUUGUGAUCCCGUGUUCUUUCACUACUGCUGAUGAGUUUAAAACCAACCAUACAGUUUGGUACAAAUGUGAAGCAUCUCAAAAAUUUUGCAGUGAUGCUGACAUAAUAUUUCACAGUAACAAAAACACAGACAAAAAAACUCGGGCUGAGUUUGAAGGACGAGUGUCACGUUUGGAGCCUGAUGUGAGUCAGAAAAACUGCAGCAUCAUCAUUAAUGAUCUCAAAGACUCUGAUUCUGGAUCAUAUCAGCUCAGAGUUACUGGUGAAGUGAAUGGACAACAAAAUGGAUUCACAUUCAUUCCAAGAGUAACUGUCUCUGUUAAAGGUCUUAAUCAGAAGCCCACAGUAAUGAUUCCCACACUGACAGAGGGACAGCAGGCCACACUGACCUGCACUGCUCCUGGUCUCUGCUCUGGAUCUGUUCCUGAAAUCACCUGGACAUGGAGAGGAGCAGGAGGGACUGAAUCUUACAUUACAGGAAACAGCACUGCUUUCAAGACUGAGAAUCUGACUACUUUCAGACAGAGACACAUCUCAACUUUAACCUUUAAAUCUUCAGCUGAGCAACACAACACCACUGUUACCUGUAAAAUCCGCUUCACAGGUGAAACAACUACAGAAGAGGCUUCAUCUUUGAAAGUAAACUAUGUGAAGGAAGUUAAAAUCACCGGAUUGACAAGUGUGAGGGAGGGAAAUGUUCUGAAUCUGACCUGCAGUGUUGAAAGUUUCCCUCCAGCUCAUAUUGUGUGGAGAAAGGUUCCUUCCAACACAAACCUUCAGACUGGAAACACUGACCUGCACAAUGAUACUGGAUCUGCCACACUUGUCAGCCUGAAUGUGACAGCAGAAAAUUCUGGGCAGUACAUCUGUAUGGCAAAACAUCUGGACAAAACACUGACUUCAUAUGUCAAUGUGACUGUGACAUGGCAUACAAAGAUACAGAAUGGCUCUGGAUGUGUGCUUCAGUCAGAUGUUUUGACCUGUGUGUGUAUCAGUGAAGGAUUUCCUUUACCUACCAUCAAAUGGCCGCUCCUAGAAAACCACACUCAGUACACUCUCAUUACUACUGUGUCAAACCACACAGUCAACAGCACUGUCAGUCUCACUGUAAAAAACCAUGGCAACAGCACUGUUGAAUGUGUCAGCAACAAUGGAAAUGGAGAAGAAAGAGAGAACCUGCUGGUCCAUAAAAAACAUGAGCAACCAUCUAGUUUUGGGCUGGAAUUCCUGAAAGUCAUCUUUGCGUUUUUGACUGGGGUACUUCUUUCAGUAAUCGUGUGCUGUUUGGUCAAAAAUUGCUACAGUUUUUCCAGAAAAAAAAAGAAGAGCUCUGGAAAUUCUGAGGAGACUUUGAAGAUGGAGACACGUCGAAAUGAUAAACUGGUAUAUGACGGUCCAGCAUUUCAAGACAAUCAGAUGCUAAACUCAAACAGCGGGAGAAAAGAAGUGCAAUAUGCUACAAUUAAUUUUUCCCUGUUGAAAAGAAAUGGAAGAAAGCAGGAGAGCACGAAGACAGAGUAUGCUGAAAUUAAGAAAGCAGUCAAAGAACAACAUGAAGAUGCUGAAGAGGAAGAUGAAUUGUUAGAGGCCAAAGAAGAUGAGAUGGUGGUGGAGUUGGAGAUGAAAUACCGUGAACCAAAAAAUGAGGAAGGCGGGGAUGAAGCAGUGUACUCCAUUGUGAAUGACAUAAUCAGUGAAAUUUGAGGAAUGUUUUGUUGUGGAGUUAACUGAGAUAAAAGUUCCUUGAUCUCAUCAGAUGUAUGAAUAAUGAUCUUUUGAACAAUUUCCACAAUGCUGUGAACCUCUACAUGCUACAGCAGGGAACAUGAAAAUUCAUUAAGUCAGCAAAGUGAACAAAUGAAGUUGGACAGAAUUGAAUUGUUCCACUGUUAUUUUGUGCCAAUAUAGUAGCCCAACAUGCAACCACCGCUGUUAUUUUUGCUAUGCUUCAAUUCAAGUUUUAUGUUAGAUAUUUUGUUCAUAGUGGUCAGCGAGACAGAAAAAAUGCUUUUUAAAGACCAAUAUGGUUCCUAUGGGCGAACAUUAAUCAGCUCAAUAAUUCAGGUGUCUUAAUGUCAAUUUUUCUGACUGCAUGGCGUAGUCCUAAAAUUUAUUUUAUUUAAAACAUUUACUUGUCUACUUUACAUUCAAAAAUAAUGUCAGUACAGUCACAAGAUAAAAACAGUAGUCUUCGUUUAUUUGACCUAUGCUGUUCUGUUGCUUCCUUUGGCCAUUCAUUACACUCGCCUGUAGGGGGCAGAGUAAGCCAUUUGUGCCACAAGUCAAAUGGUUAAAAUGCAUUUUCCACUGUUAUGGAACUGUGAGUCUGCUGCUGCCUUGCAGAUGGCUUUUUGCAUGUUGUCUGAUUAUGCAUGAAGAAUCAAUAAAAAUGAACAUUUUAUAAACAUCUAAUUCUGUUAGUCUGAAUCAUGUAACACAAGCAGGUUUCCUCAGAUAUUAAACUGUUCCACACCUAUUAAACUAGGAGCAGGUUUCUCCCUCUGGGGGCAAGAGUACCUGGACCUGGGGGAUAGAGUAUGUUUGGGGAGUGUGAUUGUGUGUACAGUGUCCAUUU